CGCCCGAUGUUCGGCUCUCUAACACUUCUGUUCUGGUCCAGCCCGGGGGUGACGCUCGCCGACCCUUCCAGCGGGGACCUGCCCGCGACGGGCAUCGAGAAUUGCCAAAAUGCUUUGGAAUUCUUAAACGAUUCAAAAGCUGAAGUCUCUGAGGAUACAAAAGCAUAAGAACACAAGAAGCAGCAAGGAGGAUUCAGUGCCAAUGCAGCAACAAAAAAGACAGCCAGAGUUAGUGGAAGGAAAUCUUCCUGUUUUUGUUUUUCCUACAGAACUUAUAUUUUAUGCAGAUGACCAGUCAACACACAAGCAGGUGUUGACUCUAUAUAACCCCUAUGAGUUUGCCUUAAAAUUCAAAGUUCUUUGUACAACUCCAAAUAAAUAUGCGGUGGUGGAUGCUACUGGUGCAGUGAAGCCUCAGUGCUGUGUUGAUAUUGUGAUUCGUCACAGAGACGUUCGGGCUUCUUACUAUGGUGUCAUAGAUAAAUUCCGUCUCCAAGUGUCUGAGCAGAGCCAGAGGAAAGCAUUAGGGAAAAAGGAGAUUAUUGCUACUCUGCUUCCAUCUGCAAAGGAACAACAACAACAAAAGGAAGAGGAGGAAAAACGAAUAAAAGAACACCUGGCUGAAAGUGUCUUUUUUGAGCAGACUUUGUGUCAACCAGAAAACAGAACUGCCUCGUCGGGACCUAGUUUACUCACAGUCUUCCUUGGAGUGGUGUGUGUCGCAGCACUAAUGCUACCUACAUUGGGGGAAAUGGAAUCCCUGGUGCCUCUCUACCUCCACUUAAGUGUGAAUCAAAAGUUAGUAGCUGCUUAUGUUUUAGAUUUGAAGAACAGUCCCACUAAACUCAAUUCUCCUCUCCCACUAACUGGCAGAAAUGAGGAUUUAAAGGAAAAGAGCUAGGCAGCUCCAGACUGAUAGCUAGAGGUCUCAUCACCAUGGUUAUUUUGAGAACAUGAGCAAUGAGUUCAUAGGAUGUCAAACACCUUACUGUAUAUUCACAUCAUGAAUGUGGACUGCCUUUUACUCCCAUUUGGCUCAUUAAGAUGCUAGCAAAACUGUUCAGUGAUUUAAGAUACCUUCAGAAGUGUAAUAUAUUUUAACUGUGUAUAAUAAAUGAAAGACUCAAAGCACUUUGCGGUGCUUCUGUAACAGACAGCUAUGAAAUGUUCAGUGAUACCUGUGAAAAUAAUUUGAAAAAACUUUUAUAUCUAUGCCUACUGUAAAAAAUCCUUAUUAAAACAACAUUUGUUAUUUUUAGUCUA